UAAUUAAAUAUAUUUCGCAGGGAAACCAGUUUGCCGGUGGGAACCUUGGUUCAUCGGUAAAGUUAUUAUUUAUCUGUUAUUCACUGUUUACAUACAAGAUAAGAUAGUUUAAUCCAGUGAUGUCUCUGUUUUGAAGCAGUUAUUAACUGUACGUUGCAAAAAAAUGUUCCGGUUAAUUACAUUAUUUGUUGCAACUCAUGUGGUUAUUGGCCAAAAUUUUGAAAAUGUUAUAACAACAAGACCAGAAGUUAUAACUUCAGUUGGAAAAAUUGCAGGGUAUUUGAAAAUUGCUGCUGAGGGUACCAUUUAUUCAGCAUUUGAAGGUAUACCAUAUGCAAAACCUCCAAUUGGAGACUUAAGAUUUGAGGCACCCCAAGCAGCGGAACCUUGGACGGGAACAUGGAAUGCAACAACCCUCCACGAAUGUAUACAACUUUCCCUAGCUACCUCCAUAACGGGUCAAGAAGACUGUUUGUACCUCAAUGUUUACGUCCCAAGAGAACAACCCUUAAGCAUCGAAACUAUGGACGUCAUCGCUCAUAUUCACGGUGGAGGUUUCAUGACGGGUUCGCCCUUCAGUUACACACUCCCUGAUUACCUUAUGGACAGAAACGUCAUCUUUGUUACUUUCACUUAUCGACUUGGUGUUUUAGGAUUUUUGAGUACGGGAGAUGAAGUAGUACCCGGCAACAACGGGCUAAAAGAUCAGCAAUUGGCGUUAAAAUGGAUCCAAGAGAAUAUCGAAUACUUUGGUGGUAACCCAAAUUCUGUAACACUAACAGGAUUUUCUGCUGGUGCAGCCAGUAGUCACUUACAUUACCUAUCACCAACUUCAAAGGGGCUUUUUAAAAGAGGCGUUUCCCACAGCGGUAGUGCAGUAAAUGCAUGGGCAUUACAAGAAGAUCCUUUGAGUAUGGCUCAAAGCUUGUCUUCAGAGCUUGGAUGCUCAACUGAAAGCAACGUGGAGAUGGUGAAAUGUUUGAAGGAAAGACCUGCUAAGCAAAUUUUAUCAAAAACGAUUAAAGCAGAUAUUAUUCCUUCGCUGCAUUUUGUUCCUGUUGUGGAUGGAGAUUUUCUUCCCAAAUCGGCUAUUGAGAUUCUAAUUAGUGGCGAAGUCCCGGAUAUUCCUUGGAUUUUUUCCAAUACUGCUCAAGAUGGAUUAUUCCCUGGCUUUUUGCUAGCUGAACAUUUGGAGACGCUUGACCAGAACUGGAAUUACGCCUCUAGAGAAUUGUUGCAAUUCCACUCUAAGUAUUCUCAAGAAAAAUGGAACGAAAUUGCUAGUGCCAUUAAAGAACAUUAUUUAGGGAAAAAUACUAAAUUCAGUCUAGACAAAUGGCAAGAUUUCGUUAAACUUAUAACUGAGAGAUUCUUCACAGUGGAUAUUGAAAGAGCAGCUAAGCUUCAAGCUAAACAUUCUAAAAGUUCAGUAUACUACUAUUAUUAUAAUUAUAAGUCCGAUUCUACUUUUAGUGAUUUAGUAGCUCCACAUUUGCCACAAGAACUUAAAGCUAUUGGUCAUGGAGAUGACAUUCUUCAGUUGUACGGAAAUGUUUUGCCAAAUCAUAAAUUAACUGAAGACGAUAUUAAAAUUAAAAAUAUUAUGCUGGAUCUUUUGACAUCUUUCGCCAGUACCAGUAAACCUAAAGUUUCCGGUGUUACUUGGAACCCAACGGAGUCAGAGGAGUUGACUUAUUUAAACAUCACAAGUCCUUAUGAAAUUUCAGUUUUAACUCAAUCCACUAUUUCUCAAAUAGACUUUUGGAAUCAAUAUGAUCCUACAGAAAAAAUUGUCAUGAAAGAUGAAUUGUAAUUUUAGUUUCAAUAUAUAUUUGUUCUUGUUAAUAA